UUUAUCACCAUUAUACGCAUAGAUUAUUCAGAUUCUGAUCAUGUGAACAGUUUAUAGCACUUCUUUGAAAUGCUUUCGUUACAGCUGUGAAUAUAAGUAAAGUUUCAUAAUCCAUCAUUCAGUUGUCAGGGAAAUGCAACGAUCUAUUACGGCUUGAUAUAUAAUGUGUUAACAUAUCUUUAAUUAAAAUAGUCCAGAUAAAAAGGGUUUAAAACGACAGACAGGGAGUCAUGUCUGGUCACGUGAUUUAUUAUCACGUGACCCAAACCGCCAAGCAUGCCCUACAACGCGCGUUUCCCAAGCCUUUGAACCAUCUUAUGCAAUGGCGUGGAUUAAUGUGCAAGGGGAUAUCUUUUCGAGUGAAGACGUGUGGAUUCUUUCACUGAAUAGCGGUCUAUUACUUGACAUUCUUUGGAUGAGAAGCCCUUGCAACAUAUGACGGCCUGCAAGUAUAUGAGAGCGUGCAGCAUGAGUCAUCUUCUCGGAGCAUGUACAACAUUGUAUAACACAGUGCAUGGAGUGGGGGUCAUAGUAUUCCGGGAGGGUUACAAGGUCGCGUUCUUAUAGCGGUUGUCAGUUGGCAUUUUACGCUGGUGAUUUUUUUCAUUGUGCUAAAGAUAAAUCACAAGUGGGUAUGCACAUUUGUUUUUGCUCUUCAGCAAAUUUUCAACGAAGUGUGGGGGCAAUUUCGUAGCGUUGAAGUUUACCUUUGGAGUAGUCUCGGGUUCGAUUCCCAAAAUAGAUGCAUGCAAGAUGUAAAACUCGUUGUUGCUGUUCCCGACCGGGAUAUUAGUAAAGCGGCUCAAAACUAUAUUCACUCAUUUCAGCGACAUGCAACUUGGGUCUAUAUGACAAACCACUGUUUACAAACGGCCGUAGCUAUUAUAUGUGAUACCCGUGAGGUCAGACCUAAGUGACUUGGUUGAUGCAUGCCACCCGACAUCGCAUCCAAUUUGCGUAGAUCGAUGCUCAUGAUGUCAAUCACUGAAUUGUCUGGUCCAGAUUAUCUACGGGCCGCCAUCAUAUGGCUGAGCGUUGUGGUAAACAACAAACAAACAAAACGACAGUCACGGUGGUCAUGUGCAGUAUUAAUACAGAACCGGGCCGCGACUAAACACAUUGGGUGUAACACAUCUUUAAACAGUAUUACAGUAUUUUCACGAUGUGUCAGGGUUUUUUUGUUAUGGGGGAAAGCUCAAAAUAACGCAGCUUGUACACGUGUACCAGGUGAAACGCCACUAUACAAACCUAAUUGACUUUAUGUUCGAAGACACCUAUUACACCUUGUAGUUCCCUUGGUACGCGAGAAGCAACACUCAUUCUUUUGGACCGACAUGUUUCACUGAAAGUGCAGAAUAGAUUGUUUGUAAAGAGACAUGAAUGCACGCAGUGGUCUGUAGACACCAGGGUCAGUACCCUCGAAAAAAGAAAUAGGACCCGUUAACGUAGGAUAUCAGUGAACCUGGUUUAUCAAGAUAUGAGUUAAAGCUACAGGGCAAAAGGUACGGUGGGGCAUGUUGCCAUACAAUGGAUACAUUAGCAGUUUGUUGCACCUGAUGACUACGCGAGGGACUCCGCAAGGCUGUGUAUACGUUACAUUUGGAGACUAAUGUACAGUUCAGUUCUUGUCUACAACGUAUAUCUUGUUGAAACCAGCGGGUAAGCAUGUCUAAAUGUUUCGGGAUUUCUAUUCAUAUGUUCACUUGUAUGUCCGUAUUUUAAAAUGGUUGGUAUAUCCACCCUUCUGUAAGAUUGUUGGUAUAUCCAUCCUUCUGUACAAUUGUUGGUAUGUCCAUCCUGUAAGAUUGUUGGUAUAUCCAUCCUUCUGUACAAUUGUUGGUAUGUCCAUCCUGUAAGAUUGUUGGUAUGUCCAUCCUUCUAUAAGAUUGUUGGUAUAUCCAUCCUUCUGUAAGAUUGUUGGUAUAUCCAUCCUGUAAAAUUGUUGGUAUGUCCAUCCUGUAAGAUUGUUGGUAUGUCCAUCCUGUAAAAUUGUUGGUAUGUCCAUCCUGUAAGAUUGUUGGUAUGUCCAUCCUUCUAUAAAGUUGUUGGUAUGUCCAUCCUGUAAAAUUGUUGGUAUGUCCAUCCUGUAAGAUUGUUGGUAUGUCCAUCCUUCUGUAAAAUUGUUGGUAUGUCCAUCCUGUAAGAUUGUUGGUAUGUCCAUCCUUCUGUAAAAUUGUUGGUAUGUCCAUCCUGUAAGAUUGUUGGUAUGUCCAUCCUUCUGUAAAAUUGUUGGUAUGUCCAUCCUGUAAGAUUGUUGGUAUGUCCAUCCUGUAAAAUUGUUGGUAUGUCCAUCCUUCUGUAAAAUUGUUGGUAUGUCCAUCCUGUAAGAUUGUUGGUAUGUCCAUCCUUCUGUAAAAUUGUUGGUAUGUCCAUCCUGUAAGAUUGUUGGUAUGUCCAUCCUUCUGUAAGAUUGUUGGUAUGUCCAUCCUUCUGUAAGAUUGUUGGGAUGUCUAUCCUUCUGUAAGAUUGUUGGGAUGUCCAUCCUUCUGUAAGAUUGUUGGUAUGUCCAUCCUUCUAGUCGUCUCUGGGUUGCUGAAGACAUCUUCUGUACCCGGAUCUUCACGGGUCUAGAGACUACGUGAACUUCCUAAAUAAAUGUACUCAAUCAAGCCGAAACAAUGACGUACAAUUACAGCGCUACACUGAAGAAAUCUAGACUUGCCAAAGUAUUGUAUACUUUUGUUUCAGGGUCUGUAUGAGGGAUGAGCACGUAUACGUCGGUUGACUUUCUUAACCGUCUAAUUGAAACACGGUUGAUCUCGGAGCAGGCCGAGGCCCCGGAUACUCUGAUGGACGAUAUCGACAUCAACACGGGAAUCAUCCCUAUUCGACAUUCCAGUCUCCCUGGGCAAGUGAAGCUACCUAAGAGAUACGAGAGGGUGUGCAGGGAGACAACUCUCAACGGCAGGACCCGGAAGAUCAGUCAGGCGCAUGUGCAGAAAGAAGGUUUGGGAGAUCGCCUGGAUGACCUCAUGCAAGCUAUGCUGUGGGUCAAGCAGGAGCUGAUCCUUCUUCGCCAACAUGACAUCCUGCUGAAGAGACAGUUCUUUAAUAUACAAGAUACCAUCCAUUCCCUUCAGAGACCGAAGACAGAAGAGCAAACAUCGAAUCAACACCAAUCUAAACAUCAUGUUCAUUUUCACGACAUGGACGAUUAUCUGUUGGAUAACUUUGUCGUUCGUCCAUCAUCUAGUGUGACCUUGUUAAACGACGUUGACGAGACCGAAGAAGAUGAUGACACAUUUAGACCUCGAACAUGUUCUAUGAGGACAUCGCGAGAUCUCGCAGCGUUGGCGAGAAGACGCGGGAGCAAAGAAUUGGUUUGACGAACAGUGAUAAUUAUGAGUUGUUUUCGGGGAGCAUGAACUAAUGUGACAUGGGUUACUAAAGCCAACAUAUGCUUCUACGACUGGACAUUCGGGAUGACAUAACUUUAUACAAGGCAAAACGCAGACUUUACCCCCACUGGUUCCUCAAUACGAUUCAUGCAACUUCAACGUGGCAGCUAGCCCUGAUGUGUUUGCCUUGGGUUGUUAUGUCGCUGUAAGUGAUCUCUGUACGACUGAAUGAAUCAGCACGUGGUCUGCAGGCUCGUCUGGGCUGCUACGGGAAA